AUGUUUGAAUUAUGUGCUAUUGUAGGAUAUGAUAUUGAUAAAAGUAAUGCAAGUAUACAUUAUUAGAGCCAAAUUUGGAUAUGUUGUUAAAAAAUGAAUACGAGCCAGAAAUAUUAGAAAUAUAUCCCUCUCAUCUUAAAAAAUCCCCAUUGAUUUCACAUUCAAUAUCAUAAUGUUUUUCUUAAGGACAACCUUCAUUAUAUUCACAUGAUAACAAGUUGAUACAUCCAACCAAAUUGAAUUCGAAGGAUAUUGGAAUAUCAUCUAAAAUCCAUUAAUUUUAGGUUCAGUUAGAUGACUCUACAUAUAAAUAUUGCCAUGUGUUAUCAUUUUAUGUAAUGAUGAUCUGAUUUAUUAGGAAUAAGCAUACAUCCAAAAUAUUGAAACUUUGGCUGGUAAAAGAACCAAGAUUAUCACAUGGUCUCCAUAAAUUGAUAUCCAAGCAUUAAUUAACAGCAAAUAAGUAACAGCUAUUAAAUCAACAUUACUUUCGAAUAAUGCAAAUAUAUGCAUAUAUGUGUAAAAAUCCAUAGUUGUUGUUUCUAAUUAAAAUGAAACAGGAUGUGAGGCCACACUAGUAAAUUUUAUAAAUUAACAACUUUCAAGUAUAUUAUAAGUCUAUAAACUAGAAGACUCAAAUAGAUCACAUUAUUUGAAUAAACAAUACAUAUAAACCCUAACUAAUUCAUAACAGAAUAAUAAACUAUUGAAUGAAUUGUUAACUAUAAAUUAAGAAAUGUUUUAAAAUCUACUAAGAUUACCAUCUUUUGAGCUCUCCAAUCUGAUUGAAUUCUUCAACGUUUAGCAUUAAGCAUAAAAAUAGUAUGCAUAUUACUAAUAUAGAUUAGUUAUAUCGAAUUUAGAUUUUGAUGAAAAUGUGAAAAUCUAACACAUACCUUCAAUGAAUUUCAUUUCUCAUGAAUCAACACAGGAUGGACACUGCAAUAAAAUAAGCCAAGAGUUAUUCCAUUUAUAAGAAAUGCCUAAAGAUGUAUUUUAUAAUCCUCCUGAUAAAAUUAAACAAUUUCGAGAAAGAGUGAGAAAAAGUAAUAAGAAAGCUAAAAAACCCUUAAUACCAAUUUAGCCUUAAUCUCAUGUGGCUAAAUAAAACCAGUUAUUGAAAGCUAAACCUAUAAUUAGACCAUAAGAUUUUAGUUUUCAUGAGGUUUAAAAUAAAAAACCACAAAGGAACUAAAUAUUUAAUAGUUUGAACUUUCCUUAAACAAAAACAUUACUAAAAUUAUGA